AUGUCAAUGCGCAUAGCCCCCGCCUCCACCUACGCAACCACGCACUCGCACCUAACCUCGACCCCAUCCGCGCCCUCCGCCCCCGGUCUACACGACACCCUCCGGUCAGGCGUCGGUCCCACUCCCCUAUCCACGCUCUCCACCACGUCCUCCACAUCCACCAACUCCGCACCCCUGGACUCAGCCCACCCCCUCGAAGCCCGCCUCGCCAACUGGCAAGCAACGCAACACGCGCUGAAGAUGGAAGGCCUGCGCCGGACCUUCGGCAUCAGCGAGCCGAUCCGCCGCGGCAUGGAGCUGAAGAUCACGCGGGAGGGGGAGUGGCGGCCUGCGGUGCUGGGCGGGAGUAGGGGUGGUGUGCAUGAGGAGAUUCUGCAGGGCAGGGAGGCGGAGAUGGGGUGGGAGGAUGUGUUUUUGGGGGAUGAGAUGAGGGGCGUGGUUGGGUUCCAUGAGGAGAUUGAGAGGAAGGUGCGGAUGCAGUAG